CGGCCAUCUUGGAUCCUCCAUCCCGGAGCGGGCGGUGCUGAGCGGCGGAGUGGGGGCGGGGGCUGCAGGCUGCCGGAGCGGGCCUGCGGGGCUCCUGACACCCGGCUCGGAAGGCGCAGGGGAGCCCGGGCCAGCCGGGUGGCGGCGGCGGGUGGGGGAGGCCCGGCAUGCGAGCGGAGGCCCGGUGAAGCGGGGCUGGGGGGAGAGGGAAGGGCUUCGGAGCGGGCCUGCCUGGCUGCCGGUGCUCGGAGCUGGCUGCGGAGAGGCGGCUUGUUUUCCUGGCCGGGCUCUGCAGCGCCCCGCUGCCUUCCCCGGCCCGCUUCCUCGCCCCCCCUCAGCCCGCUGCGCUCUGCGAGGAUCCCCCCACCACCCACCGCCUCCCCCCUCGGCGCGCUGGGCUCCUAAGCUGGCUGUAGGAUGAGCCCUGAGGACUCGCAGGGGCAGACGCUGCUCCAUCGCCAGGCUGGAAUAUAGCUCCGAAGUGGGGUGGCGGCGGUGGAAAUAAGCAGCCCCCCACCCCGUCCCUUGAUGGUGGCCCCUCGUAACCACUGUCUCGCAGCAGAGUGACAAACAUUCUUUUUUGGGGGGGUGGUGGUAGGUUUUUGUUGGGGAGGGGGGUGUUUUGUUUUGCUGUCGGAGGCAGCCGGUGCUCCAGCACAAGCGAAUUAAAAUGUCCACUAGAACUCCAUUGCCUACGGUGAAUGAACGCGACACUGAGAAUGAUGUCGUCUCUUCACUGGGGGAAGGCCUUUGCGAAAAGCACACCUCUCAUGGAGAAGGACGUCAAGAAGUUUCCUCUCGAACUGGGCGCUCUGGAGCUCGCUGUAGAAAUUCUAUAGCGUCCUGUGCAGAUGAGCAACCUCAUAUUGGAAAUUACAGACUUCUUAAAACGAUUGGAAAGGGGAAUUUUGCAAAAGUAAAGUUGGCUAGACACAUCCUUACUGGCAGAGAGGUUGCAAUAAAAAUAAUUGACAAAACACAAUUGAACCCAACCAGUCUUCAAAAGCUUUUCAGAGAAGUAAGAAUAAUGAAGAUUUUAAAUCAUCCAAAUAUAGUGAAGUUAUUUGAAGUAAUUGAAACUGAAAAAACUCUCUACUUAAUCAUGGAGUAUGCAAGUGGGGGUGAGGUAUUUGACUAUCUGGUUGCACAUGGAAGAAUGAAGGAAAAGGAAGCAAGAGCUAAAUUUAGACAAAUAGUAUCUGCAGUGCAGUACUGCCAUCAAAAGCAUAUUGUUCAUAGAGAUCUCAAGGCUGAAAAUCUAUUGCUAGAUGCAGAUAUGAACAUUAAAAUAGCAGACUUUGGUUUUAGCAAUGAGUUUACAGUUGGAAAUAAACUGGACACAUUUUGUGGCAGCCCACCAUAUGCUGCGCCAGAGCUCUUCCAAGGCAAGAAAUAUGAUGGACCUGAAGUAGAUGUUUGGAGUUUAGGUGUUAUUCUUUACACUCUUGUUAGUGGAUCUCUUCCUUUUGAUGGACAGAACUUAAAGGAACUGAGAGAGAGAGUACUAAGGGGAAAAUACAGGAUCCCUUUCUACAUGUCAACAGACUGUGAAAACCUCCUCAAACGUUUUCUGGUGCUAAACCCAACUAAAAGAGGCACUCUAGAGCAAAUCAUGAAGGACCGGUGGAUCAAUGCAGGGCAUGAAGAUGAUGAGCUAAAACCUUUUGUGGAACCAGAGCUGGACAUCUCAGACCAGAAGAGAAUAGAUAUUAUGGUUGGAAUGGGAUAUUCUCAAGAAGAAAUUCAAGAAUCCCUUAGUAAAAUGAAAUAUGACGAAAUCACAGCUACAUACUUAUUGUUAGGGAGAAAAUCAUCAGAGUUGGAUGCUAGUGAUUCAAGCUCCAGCAGCAAUCUUUCCCUUGCUAAAGUUAGGCCAAGUAGUGAUCUCAACAAUAGCACUGGACAAUCGCCUCAUCACAAAGUGCAGAGAAGCAUAUCUUCCAGCCAAAAACAGCGACGGUACAGUGAUCAUGCUGGACCAUCUAUCCCUCCAGUAGUGGCGUAUCCAAAAAGAAGCCAGACUAGCACUACAGACAGUGACCUGAAAGAAGAUGGAAUUCAGACAAGGAAAUCUAGCAGUAGUGCUGUUGGGGGACGAGGAAUUGCUCCGGCUAGCCCCAUGCUCGGAAAUGCUAACAAUCCAAAUAAGGCUGAUAUUCCUGAACGUAAGAAAAGUUCGGCUGUCCCCAGUAAUAAUACCGCACCUGGAGCAAUGACACGCCGCAAUACAUACGUUUGUAGUGAGAGAACCACUGCAGAUAGACAUUCAGUAAUCCAAAAUGGCAAGGAGAACAGCACUGGUCCUGAUCAAAGAACUCCUGUUGCUUCAACUCAUAGCAUUAGCAGUGCAACUACACCUGAUCGCAUUCGUUUCCCAAGAGGAACUGCCAGUCGUAGCACUUUCCACGGUCAACUCAGAGAGCGACGUACUGCUACAUAUAAUGGACCACCUGCCUCACCCAGUCUAUCCCAUGAAGCAACACCACUUUCACAGACUAGGAGCAGGGGCUCCACCAAUCUUUUUAGUAAAUUAACUUCAAAACUAACAAGAAGAAACAUGUCAUUCAGGUUUAUCAAAAGGAAUGACAGGUCAUACUGCUAUUUCUUGAGCCUUUGUUGUCAACUGAGAAAGUGAGUCUGAUAUGAUCUAUAAAUGCUUGCAACUGUAAGCAAAAAUGUUCUCUCCUACUUCCCAGGAACAGAUGCCUCUAGUGCCCUUCAGAGAGUAUUUUUGAGUACAGCACUUGACAUUUUGUCAUCUGAGUCAGGAAGUGACUUCAGACUUACAGAGAGAGGAGUUUGUGCCUUCCAGAAUGAGCCUUCCACAAGAUUCUUUGCAUGUCUACUGUUGAAACCUCUGGAUCUGUUCAGCUUUUAUAGCUUUCUCCUUUUCCCAUAAUUCCUCUUGCUUUCACUAAGAAAGAUUGACAUCAAGAGCAGCCCAGAGGUCCUGGCUUGUAUACCACAGACUUACUAGGCUUUUUCCAUUUCUGAUUUCUCUAAUGUACAUUCAUUCUAGAGAAGCCCAUCAGCUUGACAUAUCUACCAAAGUGAUUAUAAAUAUUGGCAUUUUAAUCUGUCUUUGACAGACUUCACAAUUCAGUAACUAAGAGAACUAAAUUAUUUUACUGACCAAUGUGGACAAAUAUGUUGCAUAGCUUUAAAUGAUUAUCUCCAUCCUAUAUUGCUAAAGGUGAUAGAACCAUCUCUUCUUACAGGGCCUGAACCUGCUUCCAUUGAUACAAUGGAGAAAUACACAUUGUCUUUAAUAGAAGAAGCAUCAGGCCCUUAGUUAAGAAACCCCUUAGAAUAGUCAUUGAGAUAGGCUUACUCCAGACGGUGAUUGUGGUACUAUACACUCUGUGUUGACGACACAUUCUGGCAAUAAUCAGAACAGGACUCUUGCUUCAAUGUGAGCUUCAUUUAGCCCAGAUUUUUCCCCUCAAGUUUUUAAAAUAAGACAGCAGUUUAAGACACAUUGAAAUGUGAUUCUGACCAAAAAAAUGUCACUGUGAAGUAGUCAGGAUUGGUAUACAACAUUCAUGACUUGAACCCACAAAAGCAAAGAAACUAAAAACUACAUGACAGUACGUAUGUUCCCAGACAGGCAUAUACCUCAUCACCACAACUACCAUACACCAUGGAUGAUGCACCACAGUUUUAACUCUCCCUUCUCAUCCUCACACCAUUUACCAAGCUGCCCUAAUCUACUAUGAUUAGUUUGGUGUGUUAAUGUUGUGUAUGCCUGGGGUGAAAUAGGCAUGGGAGAAAGUAGCCAGGUGCUUGUAGGAGAUUUUUCCACCUUGAUUCUGUUUGCCUUGAGGGUUGCUUAAAUGUAACAUUAAUAUAUAAGUGUUAAGUAACUUUUCUGCUGGUAAUCUUUAUAUUGCUUAAUUUCUUUUACCCUUCUGCAUGUCUUCUGGAUGAUGAGUCCAUGGUACAGGAAUUCAGAAGAAUUCAUAGUCAGAGUAAUUGUACACAUUGAGAAAUCUUGAAUUUACCUUGAAAUUUUUCUUAUGCUGACUUUAGUUUAUAUCCUGGUUUAAGGGAGGGCGGGAGAAAUUAAUCAGAUCAUUUGAUCUACAAGUUUCACUAUAUUUGAUCUACAGGUAUGGGUGUGCAUAUUAAAGCUGUUUUUAAUACCAUUUUUCUCUCUUUUACAGCUUAUCACUUUAAUAUUAACAACAAUUAGUAUAUAUUUGUUUACACUGAAUUAAUACAUUUUACAUAUUUCUAAUUCAGCAUUCUUCCCCAAUUAACUUCAUGUGUACAUGUGUCAAUAUAGUAUUAAAAUUAAUACUAAAAGUAUCUACUUUUUAGAAACUGUGGCUUAUAAAUACAUAUUGUUUUGGUGGGCAAGACAUUUAUGGUAUUCUAAGUUUGCUGUGAUCUUGAAAAUCCAUUGAAUCUUUGUUGCCUAAAGUGUCAUAACACAAUAUAUUUUAAUUACGGUAUAAUUGAGAUAUUGCAUUUAGCAGCUAUUCAGAUAUUAUGUUUGCUAGUAUAAGAUUUGUCUUCUCUUUCCCACUUCCUUUUGUUUCUGCAUUCUUU